AUGAGUGACAGACGAAGAAUCAAUGGGCCUGCAGGCACCACCAUCCCUCCGGCAUUUGCGCCUUCCGCGCAGGCUGCGAACCCACCUCGACGACGACUGAGGAAACCAAACGAACUGCGCAAGAUGUUUCUACAGACCGGACUCGUACCGUCGGCCAGCGGAUCAGCCUAUCUCGAACUCGAAACUCCUCCGUACGCGAGACCUGCCUUUGCACCUACCUCCUCCACCAUAAAACUGUCAUGCUCUGUGCAUGGGCCGAAACCAUUACCGAGAACCGCAUCAUUCUCGCCGAAUUUGCAGUUGACCGCAUCGGUGAAAUUUGCCCCCUUUGCGACCCGUGUCCGACAAGGCUACGUUCCAACCCAGACCGAAAAAGACCUCGGAUUACACUUGGAAAAUGCAUUGAAAGGUGUCCUCCUGGCAGACAGAUGGCCGAAAAGUGCUGUUGAUAUCGCAGUAACAGUGCUCGAGGGAGAAGAUGACCAAGAGGAAGGAGAUCGCUUUGCUGGGCUCGGACUUUUCAACCUGCUCGCAGCAGCAAUUAACGUGGCUAUGGCGGCGCUGGCGGAUGCAAAGAUUGACUGUUUGGAUCUAUUGGCCGCAGGCGUUGGCGCUGUCGUCCCUGGACCUGACUCGAAAUCUCUGCGAAUACUGGACCCGGCGGCUGUCGAGCACGAUGAGAUACAUUCGAGUUGCGUAGUCGGCUAUUUGUCCUCGAGGGAUGAGAUAGUCGAGAUAUGGUCCAACGGUUCUAUAUCAGCCCAAGACGCCACUCCAUCAACUGGAUUCGACGGACUGGUUGAUGCUGCCGUUGCUGCCGCCCGAGGAGCUAGGACGGUUCUCAACGAGGCCUUACUGGAGUCUUUGACCAGAAGUCAGAUUGCACUCAAAAACACCAGACAGGGAGAAAUAAAUGACGUUGAGAUGAAUACAUGA